AUGGUCAACAACCGGAUUUUAGUCGUUAGUAUCGCGCCGCGAUGUAGUGCAAUCUGGUUUUGGAUAGACGUGGAGACUAGAUUGCUCAUUCUCAAGUUUGCUCUCCCUUUUAGCUCUUUGAUCGCUAAGAAGAGUAUCAUAACAGCUCAACAGGUAUCGCUAUGUCCGUCAUAUCCUAUACUAAGUACGUUUAAAUUUAGAAGAUCGUCGUUGGUAACACAAGCAUCGCCAUCUAGUGAGGAUGAGGAGGUGGCAAAUCAAGUUUUGAAUGAAUUUAUUUCCGACUUAAAGGGAAGUCCACGUUUAGUGAAGGAAUUAUGUACUAAUCACAUCCAUGAACUCUGUAAAAGGAGAAAGCUAAAAGCAGCUGCUCGGCUGCUGCAGCUGUUGCGUGAUAAACAUGCAAUCAAUAGCCUGCCGGCUUAUAAUCACCUACUGGCUGCCGCCUGUGAAGAGAAUGAUACACAGAUUGCAUCUCAUAUCUUUAAAGAUAUGUUAAUCAACUAUAUAUUGAUGAAUUCAGCUACGUAUUUUAAUGUCGCUAAGGCGAUUUCUAAGAGCAAUGAUUUAACAUUUGUGCAAUCAUUUGUAAAGGAAAUCUCGGAACUGAUGAGUUCAGGAAGUGUAACAGUGAUUAAUAGGAUUAUAUAUGCGUUUGCAGACUGUGGACAUAUUCAUAAUGCCAUCCUUGUAUUUGAUAACAUGAAGAGUUUUAAGUUUAAGCCAGAUUUGGUUACUUAUAAUACUGUCUUGGGGAUAUUAGGUAAAGCUGGACGUGUGGACGAGAUGCUUGACGUGUUUGUGUCUAUGAAAAAAGCUGAUAUUGCCCCUGAUAUCGUUUCUUAUAAUACCUUGUUACAUAGCUUGAGGAAGGUGGGGAGAUUUGAUCUGUGUGUGGUACUAACAAAAGAAAUGGGGAAACUGGGACUGCAGCCUGAUUUGAUAACUUACACUGCACUGAUCGAGUGUUUAUCCAAAUCAGGGAACGUAGAAGAAUCGUUGAGACUCUUUGAAGAUAUGAAGCGUGGGAAUAUCCGCCCUUCAAUAUAUAUCUAUCGAUCACUAAUUAAUAAUUUGAAGACAAUUGGUUUAUCAGAAUUAGCACAGAAGUUCUUGGGGGAAAUGAAUGAAUAUCGGGAUGAUCUUGUUGGUCCAAAGGAUUUUAAAUGGAAAAAUAGAUAGCUUUGUUUUCUUCAUUUGGGAACGAUUUUGGAGCUAUGUUCGUAUAUGAGCAUUCAAGGAUAUCAUUGCAUGAGUGUAUUGCUCCUUUAUAGCACAAGAUGCAGGAACUGAGCUUCAUCGUAUUCAAGGUCAAAGAUAUAUCACUCAAUUGUACCAUGGCUCUUCUGCUAUUCUGACUUUCCGUAGGUGGACCUAAUUUAUACUGCAAGAUGGGCUGAUUAAAGACUUGAUCUUCCUGGCAUCUUCUUUACUGAUUUCGGGCAGAUUAUUUGUAAAUUUGUUCCUGAUGAGGCUUGCUAAUGUUGCUGCUCUCUUUUUUUUUUUUUUAUCAAAAAAGGGGGGAUGUAUGUAGAUCUUGACUCUUGGUUUUUGGCGUAAUAUUUUCUGAUUUCUUGAUUGUAUAUCAUUAAAUCUUGAUAGACAUUUAAAGGAAUGAUUAUGUGAUAGUUUAGGCAUAUAGAGUUGAAAUUCUUGUGAGAUUAGGGUUAGGCGUUUAGCAAUGUACACCUUUUUUUCUUCCUAAAUAUGUACAUUAUUUGAGCUGGCA